AUGCCAAGUCAAGCAGAAACUGAAGAAGAUCAUGAACAACAAAAAAGCAAAAAACCAGCCGAUACGGCUUUUAAACAACAACGUUUACCAGCAUGGCAACCAAUAAUAACUGCUAAUACAGCACUACCGGUGUUCCUAAUUAUUGGUUUAACAUUUAUUCCUAUUGGUAUUGUACUUGUUAUUACAUCCGAACGAGUACUUGAAUAUGAUAUUGAUUAUACUGAUACAAAAUGUCUCAGUACAGGCACACAAGAUACGUGUGCACAAGUUUUAGAAAAAGCAAAUUAUACUGGUCAAACAUGUACUUGUACAAUCAAUUUUUCUUUAGACAAAGCAUUUGAUGGUGACGUUUAUUUUUACUAUGGUUUAAUAAAUUAUUAUCAAAAUCAUCGUCGUUAUGUUCGAUCUCGUGAUGAUAAUCAAUUACUAGGUAAAGAAGGUGACGCGGCAAGUGAUUGUCAACCAUAUCAAAAAGGAAAUUACAAUGGAACUGACAAAAAUUAUACACCAUGUGGCGCUAUUGCAAAUUCAAAAUUUAAUGAUACAUUGUAUUUAUUAUAUAAUGGAAAUGUAAAUGUUACACUUACAAAUCUUGGUAUAGCAUGGUCUACAGAUAAAGCAGUCAAAUUUAAAAAUCCAAAUAACGCUGCAACUUACUUUAGUUCAUAUCCAAAACCACCAAAUUGGCAAAUAACAGCAUGGGAUUUAGAUAAAUCAAACGAUGAUAAUAAUGGUUAUCAAAAUGAAGAUUUUAUUGUUUGGAUGCGAACUGCUGCGAUGCCAACAUUUAGAAAAUUAUAUAGAAAAUUACAAAGAAAUUCUGGAGGAACAUUUGAAAACGGUUUACCACAAGGAAAUUAUAGUCUUGUCGUUACUUAUAAUUAUCCAGUAACGAGUUUUGCUGGACGAAAACAAUUUAUAAUAAGUACAACGUCAUGGAUGGGAGGAAAAAAUCCAUUUCUUGGUUGGGCUUAUAUUGCUGUUGGAAUUGUUUGUAUGAUUACAUUCGUCGUCUUUUUUAUUCUUCAUAAAACAUGGAAAACACAAAAUCGUCCUCCAAUUUAUUCAUCGGAAUGUUCACUAAAAGAAGAAUCUAGUCAAGUGACAUUAAUAUCUUCACCUAUUAAAUUGCCAUCAAGUCCACGACAAAAAUUCAAUAAUAUCUCAUCUGAAACUUGUAAUAAAUCAUCGAAUAUCUCAGGAACAAUUUAUUAUUUUAAUGAAACAAAUUCUGAUAAACAAACAGAUGUUAUGAGUCUUCCAAAUAAUGAAUCAUCAAAUAUAAAAAUGUUUGUUAUAUCAUCUCCAUCAAAUAGUGAUGAUAUAUCAUUUGAAGAAAAUAAAUCAAUAUUAAAUGAAUUAACAGAUAAUGUUAAUUUAUCAUCAUUAUCAUAUCUUAAAACAAAACAACGUAAAAUUGAUCAUAGAAGAAAUAAAAGUGAACCAGUUAUUAAUUCAAAUUUAGAAGAUAUAUCGUCAAUUAAUUCAUAUAAAAGAACAACAAUACUUGAAUCAUCAUCAACAAGUACAACAAGUAAUGAAUCAGCAAUAAGUAAUAAUGAAUAUUUUGAAAAAAAAAAAAAAUCUUCAAAAAAAUCAAAUUUAUCAUCAACAAAUUCAAAUAAAAUCAAUGAAAAUAAUACAUCUUCUCAAAUACAAGAUAAAUUUUCUUCAUCAUCAACAACAAAAAAAAAGAAACCAUGGUAUUUUGUAAGUUAUUCAUAUUUACAUUUUCUUUUUGUUUUUCAAAACAAAAUUUCAACUUAA